GCAGCCCCGCCUUGCGGAACACGUGCGAGCGCAGCUCGAGGCGGAGCAGGCAAAUAAGGAGCUGGAGCUGGAGAACAGAAGACAACGCCGGAGAGAACGGGACAGACAAAGGACGCGAACAAAGUCGAACACUACUACUUUGGCGUCAAGCGAUCCCGCUCCGAUGGCGAUGUCUAGCUCCACGGGCACAACCGUUCUGAGCCCACCCAUGGUCCUGGGUACUGCAAGCAAGGCGAACAGACUCAUCGUGCCGCCAGAUGCGAGACCGCGGACGCCACCGAGGCCUUUGAUAGCAGAGAGCUCCGACCUUGCGAUUUCUCGUCUCCACUCAUGUCACGCUCGACAAUUUCAACAUCCUCCGCCCCCUUACGUGGCCUAGCCCCAGAAGAGGUACCGCUGCCGUCUACGCCGAAAACACCGAGGACACCAAAGACGCCUAGACGCACAAGGAGGUCGCUCACGAGCUCAAGAGAUGAAGACGAUCUGUUCGGGUCGCCGCUGUUCACGCCGAAGCGACGCUCGGUCUCGCGUUCCCCGAGACUACCAAGCCUGUACAAAGGCAGAGGUCCGUUGUUUUCCCCCAGGCGGUCAAGUGGGGAACUACGCACGAGCAGCUCGCGAAGCUCGCGUCUAGUAGACGACAGAGCUGCCGACGACGACGAAGAUGACUUCCUGUCCAGUUCCCUGCCGGUCGCGAGCAGCGACGCCGACGGAUUCGAGGAUCCGUUUUGGGGGCCGACCGACCUUGGAGGUUCCAAAAGACCCGAAAGACGAGGAUUGGGUGACAGGCUACCACCGUCGUCUCCACUACCACCGUCCAGCCCGGUUCUCUCCCCCGUCGACGCGGACGACUGGACGGCAGAAGAGGCUGCAGAGAUGGCAAACGAUCCAGAUGCCGAUCAGGAUGAACAGGCCGCGUUGCUGACACCGAAAGCUGCGUCGUCUGCUGCGGAGGCUGACUUUUGGACCGCGAACCUUGUCGAAACAGGGCCCUCAGCACCGACGCCUACCGAGUCUGAUUUCCCCACACCUACAACAUCCGAACUUGGCCUGGAUGCCGGGUCAGAAUCUGCACCAACGCCUGAGGAUGCAUUCUGCGAGACUGGUGCCACAGAAGCCGAAUCAUCUGCAGUCAAAUUCCAAGAGGCCCAGAGCACCCAGGACCACUCGACGGCGGACCUUGUCACCACUACGACAGAUUUCACUGAGUCGACCGGUUUCAUGAGCGGGGCGAGCUCAGACUUCGCUUGGGCCAUGCCUGAGUCGAACUUCGAUCCCGCCGCUUGGUUGGGCACCGAUUCGGACUCGCAGGCGGCCUCCAGCGACUUUGAGGCGCUGUUCAGCGAUCUACCCGCGAGCGGAGACGGUGACGGUGACCCAUCGGUCAACAAGGGUCUGAGCGAUGCGGAGUUUGCGGAAUUGUGGAACACGCUGUUCGUGUGCUCGAAUGGGGGUGCCAAUCCGGGAGAGGCGGACAGAUUGAGCAGACAGCUGCGGCGGGCGUGGAUCCGGAGCAGUUGGCGGAUAACAUUCAGAAGCUGUUGAGCGGGUGUGCCGUAUGACGACGUGCGACUGAUGUACUUACGCGAGAAGGACGAUGGAGGGACUUGUUGCGCAUGCUGGUUAUUUGUGGACGUCGCACUCCUGUCAAUGACAA